AUGCUCGUGUCAGUGGACAACGCCCCCUACAUCUUGGUGGGCCUGCUCCUGGCCUAUUACCUCGUCCCUUAUGUGCAGCGCUGGCGGCUGCGCGACAUUCCCAGCCCCGGCUUGGCUGCCUUCACCAACCUCUGGUUGCUGCUGCAAGCUCGUCAGGGUAAGCGCUUCGUGUCGGUGGACGAGGCUCACAAGAAAUAUGGCAAGCUGGUGCGCAUUGCGCCCAACCAUAUCUCCGUCGCCGAUGACACUGCGAUCAACACCAUUUAUGGCCACGGCAAUGGAUUCCUGAAGGCGGACUUCUACGAUGCCUUCGUCUCGAUCCGUCGCGGUCUGUUCAACACCCGCGACCGCGCCGAACACACCCGCAAGCGCAAGACGGUGUCGCACACCUUCAGCGCCAAGUGGAUCGGUCAGUUCGAGCAGUACAUCCACGCCAACAUUGAGAUGUUCGUGAAACAAUGGACCCGCCUCUCCGACCUUCAGGCCCACCCCAAGACGGGCUACGCCAGCCUCGACGCCCUGAAUUGGUUCAACUACCUGGCAUUUGAUAUCAUUGGUGACCUGGCAUUCGGUGCCCCCUUCGGCAUGCUGGAGAAAGGCAAGGAUAUCGCCGAGAUGCGCAAGAGCCCCAACGACCCGCCGCAGUACGUGGCUGCUGUCGAGGUGCUCAACCGUCGCGGGGAGGUAUCCGCCACCCUGGGUUGCUUGCCGGCCCUGAAGCCCUUUGCCAAGUACAUCCCCGACCGUUUCUUCACCGAGGGUAUCCAGGCUGUCGAGAAUCUGGCUGGUAUUGCGAUUGCCCGGGUCAACGAGCGCCUCAAGCCCGAGGUUGUCGCCCAGAACACCCGUGUCGAUCUGCUGGCCCGUCUGAUGGAGGGCAAGGAUGAGACCGGUAACACUCUGGGUCGUGAGGAGCUCACUGCCGAGGCUCUGACCCAGCUCAUCGCCGGCUCCGACACGACCUCCAACACGGCCUGUGCCAUCCUGUACUGGUGCCAGCGUACCCCCGGUGUGAUCCCCAAACUGCACAAGGCUCUGGACGAGGCCAUCCCCAAGGACGUUGAAGUGCCCACCCACGCCAUGGUUAAGGACAUUUCCUACCUCCAAUGGACGAUUUGGGAAACCAUGCGCAUCCACAGCACCUCUGCCAUGGGCCUGGCCCGAGAGGUCCCUCCCAAUGCCAGCCCUAUGGUCAUCUCCGGCCACACCUUCAUGCCCGGCGAUGUGCUCUCCGUGCCUAGCUACACCAUCCACCGCUCCAAGGAGAUUUGGGGCCCUGACGCCGAGGAAUUCGUACCCGAGCGCUGGAGCCCCGAGCGUCUCACUGCCCGCCAGAAGGCUGCCUUUAUCCCGUUCAGCCACGGGCCCCGCGCCUGCGUCGGCCGCAACGUCGCCGAGAUGGAGCUGCUCGUCAUGGGCGCCACCGUCUUCCGGCUCUUCGAGUUCCAGAUCGAGCAAGAGGGCCCCAUGGAGACUCGCGAGGGCUUCUUACGCAAGCCGCUGGGCCUGCAGGUGGGUAUGCGCCGCCGGACUGUUUCCUAA